UUCACAUGCAUAAUAAAUUUCAUCCAUGAUGUUUAAAUUUUUAUUUUGAUUCCACUUUCGCCAUCAUGCGUCUAAGCCAAAAAAAGCUUUUAUUAUGUAACAUGCCAUGUGGACAUUACUUUUGCAUAUCAUGUGAUCUUAUCUUUUUUCCCAUUUGUUAGUGAAAAAUGUAAAAUAUAAUCAAAAUGAAAAUUUAAAAGGUUAGGAAUCUAAAUAGAAUAAUUCAAAAGUUAGGGGUGGGAUUAAAAUUAAACUAAAAAUUAGAAACCAUGGAUGAAAUUUACCGAUUCAAAAUCUUUGUUUUUGUUUAACCUAUUUCUUAUUUUCAAUUCUUAGGAUACAUUCCCCAAUGUCAAAAGGUUAGUUUUGGAAGCAAAUACCAAGUUGACACAUCUCUGGGAGGAAGAAUACCAAGUUGGAGAGGUUUUCAGUAACCUGGAAACUCUAGAAGUGUCGAAAUGUGACAAAUUGAAGAAUUUAGUGCCAUCCUCUAUGUACUUUAAAAAUUUGACAUAUCUGCAAGUGUCGAAUUGUCACGGGCUUAAGAAUUUAUUAACACUCUCAACGGCAAAAAGCAUGGUGGUGCUCACAGAAAUGAGUAUUACUGAUUGCCAAAUGAUAGAAGAAAUCAUAGCUCGUGGAAGUGAUGAUUUGAUGGAUGGCAUCGUGUUCUCCCAACUGAAGACUUUGGAACUUGGUUGUCUUCCGAGCCUAUCAAGCUUCUGCUCAGGGAAUUAUGCCUUUGGAUUCCCUUCCUUGGAAGAGUUAAUAAUGAGACAGUGUCCAAAGAUGGAAAUUUUCACUACGGGAGGGUUGAGCACACCAAUGCUGCAGGGAAUACAAUCAGCUGAAGGUGAAUAUCUCGGGCAUUGGGAAGGCAACCUCAAUGCCAUUGUUCAACAGUUGUUUACAGAGAAGGUUUUUCCAAGCUUGGAGGAUUUGGAACGGUCCUCAAUCAACAUUCAGAGAAUCCGGCAUAAAAAAUUUCUGGCAACAGCCGCUUCUUGUGCUCAAUAUUUAACAUGCUUGACUAUCGAGGGGUGUCACAAUUUAAACUGUCUAUUUUCGUCCUCAAUGAUGGAAAGUUUUGUGCAACUCAAGAUUCUUAACAUUGAGAAUUGUGAGAAUGUAGAAAAAGUAAUCUUGAUAGAGGAAUUAGCCAAAGAAGAACUGAUGAGCCAAAAGUUGUUCCGUAAACUAGAAUUCCUAUUGCUCAAAUACCUUCCCAAACUGACGAGAUUCUGCCACGGAAGUUACCUUGAAUUCCCUUUGUUGAGAAUUGUUAGGAUAGAGAGUUGUCUUACAUUAGAUACGUUCGUCUCUGAUGCGGAAGGAAACAACUCAGAGAUUGCCUGUCCAACUCUUUUCAAUGAAAAGAAUGUCCAGAAUUCUAUAGCAGAGGAAGUUGGUGGGGUGCUUCUUUGUUUCAGGAUUAAUGGAGCACUCCUAUGCUCUACCACCAACCUUGUCAAAGCUGCCAUAUUCCUAUCUCACUACCCACCAAUGUACCUUAACAGUAGUUUGGCUGUUGAUCUUCUAAAAGAUCUCUUUUACGACUAUGUAUUUGGAGACACCUUGCAUUUAUUUAACCUUUAUUAUGGCGUAGAUGAUUCUUUUGGCAGUUUAGCUCCUCAUAUUGUACAGUUGCUGUUGGGUUCAUAUAACGCCCAGAUACCACUUAUGGUGUUCAUGGCUAUAGUUUCUCUCUUAUUGGCAAGUUUCUUUGGGUAUCAUGCUAAUCGUUGUCUCACAAAGACCGCAAUGAAUGAGACCUUCAAGUGGCAAGACUACUUAAGCUGGCAGAAGAAAUGGAGUGAAGCAAGAGCAAGUGUUGCAGCUUUGAAAGCAAGCAUCACCAGGAUGAGCAGUGAUGGAAAGCCUUCGGAGACCAAAUGUAAAUCCUUCUUCAGAAGGUCCCCUCUAGAGGAUACCGAAGGUGUUGUAAAGAAUAAUGUGUAUGACAACGGAUUCUUUCACAAUUUCUUUGAGGUCGUUUGUCCGGUUUCGACAAGAGCAUCAUUUUUGCAGACCAAAACAAAAUUUGGCUAA